AUGGAAACAUUGGACGAUAAUGAUGAUAAUGAUGAUGAUGGUGAUGAAGGUCUGGGUGUUUGGGAGGUGGGGGCAGCUCAGACUGACCACUGUCCAGUGGAGCUGACAGUAACUUCGCUAGUCUGCACUUGCCCAGAGAUCGCCGUGGGGUACGCUCACAGUUGCCAGGAGCAGGCCACCUGUGUGAUAUUGUGCGUACAGAAUCCCGAGAUUACAGCUAACAGACAGGAUUCAAACCUCUGGCAAUCACAUUCUGAGACGGUUACGCUUAAACUACAAGCCAAAGACAUGGUGAAUUAUGCAACAUUUCUGGGAUUUUGUAUAGCUCAAGUGGUCAGUGCCACAGUGGACAGCCAAGUUAAUGGUGGCAGUGUAGGCUUGCCGAACCUGUCUGACGCAACGCUAACCACAAUGGAUGCGGGCAGCAGUCAAGGUUCGAACUCUGUUGGUCUGCCAAACCUUCAGCUGCCAGGGGAUCUCUCCAUCGUAAACACAUCAGGCCAACAGGGGACAGUGUCUGGCACUGGUGGGGACAGCCACACUGGGGUCAGGUCUGUCACCGACACAGGCUUCUACAGUGGAAGUGACCUAUCCGCUUCGGCAUUAGGCGGGGGAGUUGUGUCCAAGACAGGCGCCACACUCGACACUCCCACGGAGGCUUCCAGCUUUUCUAGUGGCUCUGGAAGCAAAGGCUGCACGAUUGCCCUGGAUAAAGGAUUCUCAGUGAAAAGCAGACUUAGACGAGAGCCCCAUCCCCACCCUCCCGCACCCAGACCUACCCCAUCCAGAAGUGAUCUGACCCAGCACGCAUAUCGCGGGGUCACUGUGGGCUAG